AUGACUGCCGCUGUGGCUAGCCAUACAUCCAACGGCUUUCACAGCUCAUGCGAAGUGACGUAUGGUCAACAUUCUUCAUCAAUUGGUCGUCGCACAACUAUGAAUGGAGGAUAUAGAUCCAGGCAGGCCUCAUGGCGUGCACCGACCGUGACUAAAGCAGACAACGCGAACGUAAGUGGUUCUGCAAAGAUGGCAGAAACUGUCAGUCUACUUAAGAGGCGUUGUGCGGAGGACUUGGGGGCUGCAAUAUCAAACAAUAUUGUCAGUUCCCACACUCGACUCAUAGAAAAAAUCAGUCAAGAGCGCCUUCGGUCAUUGCCUACCGAAGGCAGUGCUUGGGACAAGGUGUUGGCCUGGGCACAAUCAUUUUCCGAGAAAUUUAAUGACUUCGACGAUGCCAUUGAGCAAUUCACUGGAGGAAACUAUGACGGUGCCGAAAUAGCCUUUGGCUACUGUAUCUUACUUCUCGAACUCGGCGAUGAGAACGCAGCAGCAUUGCAGACCUCGUUCGGGUUCUUCUUCAAGUGUUCGUUAGAUCUAAUUGCCAUGUUGGAUCGUGUGGAACUCUUCAAUGUCUCCUUCGACAUCAACGAGCAGCUGGUCCUGGCAUAUGCUGAUUUGGUCACCCUAGUCUCGGACAUCGCGCUCCGGUUUUACCAGGCAAUCAGAGCUCCAAGCAAAUCGGGUGUAUCUAUUGAUAUUUACGCAGUCUUUGCUGAUACCAUAGAGAGCUUCCAGAACAGGAGAGACAAUAUCAUCGAGUCAAUGUGGAAAUAUCAGCUUUCCCAGGCGAAUGUUGAAGUUGACUCCAUAACAUCCAUCAAAACGCUGAGAUCAUGGCUAGCUAUCGAGGACAGCGUCCUCAAAUACAAGUCGGUAGACCACACCACACUUGUGAACGAUCGCCAACAAUUGACUUGCCUAUGGGUCCAACCAUAUCUCACCCGGUUUCUAAAUAGUGGACGAGAUGCUCUUGCUAUUACUGGGCCUGCAGGCUCUGGCAAGACCGUCCUUGCAGGAACAAUCGUCGACACCGUGCAACGAAAUAGUGCCCGGAAAUCAUACACUGUUCUGUUCGUCCCAAUAAACGCCCGAUCUAAGUCACUAGCAACAAGUCUUCAUGUCAUACGCAGUCUUCUAUCCCAACUCCUGGAGAGCCGUGUUGGUGAUGUAAAACUUUACCAGGUUCUCUCUGAAACCUUCGAGGCCACGUACAAGGCUUCUGAUGUGGCAACAUAUGAGUCGCUUCUCUGGAAAGCAUUCGAAACAGCCAUAGGGCUGACGCUACCGCAAGCGAAGGACACCCUGAUCAUUGUAGACGGAAUGGAUGAGGUUUCCGAUGAUCCCAAGGAAGCUCAGAACCUGCACAAGCACCUGGUUGCUGCAUCCUCUAAGCACGAGAAGGUCAAGCUUAUCACUCUUUCACAACAAUCUUCGCUGGUUUCAAAGGCUGUUGCCGAUGUGCAGAUCACUCCAGACCUUGUAUAUGACGACGUCUUCUCGGUAGUGUCUACCAUUCUUCAAGAUCAUCCGUUUUUGCGUCAACAAUCCCGUAUCGAACAGGAGAUUGUCAUCGACCAAAUCGUUGAGAGCUCAAAGAGCAAUUUUUUGUGGUCCAAAUUGGUGACGAAAGCCUUGCUCAAGGAACCAUCAGUGGAGAAAUUCCGCGAGGCUGCUGCAGCCAUAAAGAGGAGCCCGAAGUCACUCCCAGAGGUAAUCCGUGACCAUUUGACGUCUGCGAACCUCUCUGGAGAAGGAAGGCAGCUACUGAUUUGGCUCACCAUAUCCAAGCGUCCUUUGAGUGUCGAAGAGUUGUCUUUACUCUAUGGUAUCGACCCAAAGACAGGCUCCAUGAGCGGUAGUCGUAUCGAUGCACUUCAUGCCCUGAGGCCUGUUGCAUCACUCGUCUUCCUCCAAGAUGGCUUAUUUUACCUACGCCACGCCACCAUCAGGCACACCCUGGCGUCUCAUUUUGAACAGAAUAAGCAAUAUCUACCUGUGAAGGAGCCUUCUCUUGAUCUCGUGCGGAGGCUGUUGGCUUAUCUCCGGGUAACCGUCAAGGACCAGAAGGAUCCUUCUUUCUCCUCUUUGACACUCGCUCAAGUUGAUCAGGUAUUUAGCCAGUACCCCUUGGCGGAGUACGCUAUCAGAUACUGGACAAGCCACUAUCUUGAGCUAUCAACCAAUGGCAAGGGAAUAUCGCAAGAGAUUCAGAAAGAGUUCAACUCUAUCCUGCCAACAUCUCCAACUGUUGCGCUCCUGGAAAAGUCGGCUUGGAAUUGGCAACCUGGCUCCAUACAAGUCUUGUGGCAUGGGACCUCACUUGAUUUGUGCCAGAAGGUUUUCGAUGGCAGUCAGCCUAUCAUUCUCCAGUCGACCAUUCUGCUCGCCGUUGUUCUCCAGAAGAUCGGAAACUCGCAAUCUGCAGCGAAGCAUGCCCACUUGGCAACACAGCUUAGUUCUACGAUCUUCUCGAUUACUCAUCCUUUAACAAUCCAAUGUGCCAAUCAUUUCUUGGAAAUUACCAGCACUACUAAGUUCACCACCAGGUCCGAAACCGCGACUUACUUCGAAGACGUUCUGUCAAUCCUAAUUCAGAGCUAUGCCAAGCAAUAUGGAUCAUCUUCUGAAAUGGUGAUCCAAUACCAGUCUCGACUUGUUGAGCUCUAUCGUUCAUUGAAAGAAGAGACAAAGGCUGCGGAGCUGGAGCGUUCUCUCCAUGGGCAUACCGCACAAGGGGGUCAUGAUGAGCUUACCCGAAGAAAAACUGGCUCGCUCGAUGUUCGUGUCAUGUUCCGCCAGGGAAAGGAAAACGGAUACAAGACCUGGGACUGGAGCACAGAGAGCGAUUAUGACGCCUCGAUCCAUUCCGAAGGCCAGAAGAGCAUCGACGAGCUCCUUGUAUCAGCCCAAAGCUUUAUUCACAAGGGUUUUAUAGCCAAAGCCGAGCAGUGCUAUGUCGAAGCUUGGUAUCUUAUCUCGAUGCAACGAAAGACGAACCAGUCAUUGCAUAUGGAUGUGAGGAGGAUCAAGCUUGCGGUGACCUAUGCCAACUUUUUAAAGUCUAGCAAGCGCGAAGCAGAAGCCACUACGAUACUAACUAGUGUGUGGCAAGAGUACAGGUCCUCUGCUGUGGCACUAUCAGAGGAGGUCAGCUCGCGUCUCUUCGAAGUUGGUCAGACAUUGAAAACCCUAGAAGCUACCUCAGUCGCUCUAGAGAUCUUCAAGCAUCACUCUUCUGUGGUGAAGAACACUCACACACAGGAAAGCUCUUCUUACACGGAAGUCGAAGAGUACGUACAUGCGACGCAACGAGAGCUUCUCAAGCAAGUGUCCUCGUCAUUAGGCUCAGCCAGCCAUGUUUCAAGGUCUGAGGUAACAGAAAUUAUUACCAGCAUCAAAUCCUCCAAGUCCUCUCAGCUCGAUAUAACCUCGGCUUCUGCGGUCAAGCAAGUGGUGGCUACAUACAUCGCUCAGAAACGAUGGAAGGAGUCCACCACGAUCAUAAAACAAACGCUUCGUGUGAUUUGGGAGAGCCUUUUCGCCGCCUCAAUCGAAGACGUGGGCCAACCGAUUGGUAACCCCGACUUCGCUAUUGAGCUAGCCGACCAACUUAUCCUUGCUUAUGAGUCACGCCUUCGAUUCGUCAAGGCCCAGGAUCUCAGAGAGCGGCUAUACCGGACUGUCAAGUCAACACGAAAAAUUGAUGAUGCUAUUACCAAGCACAACCUUUCGGAGCUGUUCAGGAUCUAUGAGAAGAAUAGAGCACACGAGAAGACCAUCCAACUGCAUCGGGACCUCCUCGAGGAUUAUAAGAAGGCGUAUGGACCCUCACACCAGGAAUCUAUCAAGACAUUAUGGAGACUCGCUCAACUCAGUAGUCCAGAUCCUAUCUCAAUCGAUUACUACCGAGAAAUCGUGGAGGUGUUGAGCAAGGAUUCAGGGAUUUGUCAUCCCGAUGCUCUUGAAGCGCUGAGCAUCAUUUCCAAUCAUUACUGGAGUGAGCGUCGUUAUCGAGAUGCCACAUGGGCCUACUCCCUCCUCUUCAACACCUUCGUCCGAAAAGGGAAGGAGUCGAAGUACUUCCAGUCCGCCACCAUUGUCACAACCAUUUACACCAGAUACGUGGACAGCCUCAAGUUUUCAAGCUUCAAGACUACGGCUAUCUAUGAUAUUACCAAGAGUUAUCGAGAAACAUGCAUAACCGUGUUUGGCACAGAGAGCAAGAUCAGCGAUGAAGCAACUCUCAGCUUGGCACGGCUGUAUCAGUCAACCAAGCGGCACGAGGCCGAGGCCAUUGCGCUCUAUGAGCUACUCCUCAAAGAUGCCAAGGCAACUGAAUAUCAUGCAGAGUGCAAGGCGACACUAGAUGCCAUAUAUGAGGAGAAAUCCCUUGAAGCCGCAAGAAGCACCAGUGUCUCCGCAUCUAGUGAACAGGUUGACCACGCAGUAACUAUCAUUCGGAAGCGGAUGACUGAGAACCGAAGCCAGUAUGGCUGGACACAUGAGGAGUCAUUGGAACAAUUGAAGGAGAUGUCUUAUCUUUACGCAAGACGUUCCAAGAAAGAAGAAGCCAUCAAAGAGAUCACUGAAGCCACAAGUCAUAUCAUCACUAGUGAGAAGAGCUCCGUGCGCCUGAUCAAGAGUGCAAGUGCGAUCGCGGCAUCCUACAUGGCAGUCGGUGAAACUCAUCGUGGGCUAGAGCUAGUCGAAGAGUUGCGCUGGCAAUUGAUCACCAAGGACGCGAGCAAUUCAAAGAAGUACAGCAUCGACCUGACCACAGCCGACCGAUCUGCGGCAAUCUUCGUUGCUCAGUUGGAACACAGCCUUAGACAGGAUUCUUUGGUGACUUUCAGCGAAAUAUACCUUUCGAUCCUGACCGAGAUUGUGUAUUACGAAGACUUCCAACGGUCAAUCCGAAGCAAUUCCUCCGUUGAAGAGGUUUUCUCCGUCGCAGCUCGACUCCACUCGUUCUUAAGUGUUCAAAAAAGGGCAGUCACCAUGAGGCAUGUCGAAGAUGAGCUGGCCAGCUUCUUCUUGAGAACAUCGGGUGAGAAAGCCAAGGUUGGAGACAUUGCUCAAGUCAAGAUUCUCGUCACAACAAUGCUCGAGUAUCUUCACACCCACCAGGUCAAGAAGUUCCUGCACUCCAUUAACCUUGCCGCCAUCGAGCGUGUGUGCCAUUUCCUGGCGAAGCGCCAACACAAGCAGGCUUGUGAUCUUGCCCAGACGUCCUUCCGCUACUGUCACGCCAAUGGAUGGUACAAUAAUGCCGACGCCAUCAAGCACGGCCUGUUCCAAGGAAUCGCCAUUGCAGAUCUAGGCAAUUCAAGCCCCACGCGCAAAGCCCAGAUUGAAAUUGCCAGCAGCAUCAUCCGCCCGUUGUUGAAGGCAGCUCAGCAGCUCAACUUAAACAUUGCUGCCAUCCCACUCAAACAGACAAACAGUAUCAUCAGUAUUCUUGGUGAGCAAAAGGACUUUGAAACACUUGAGGUAAGUCGAGAAUCCUUUUCAUUAGUGCUUUAUAAGUCGAUCCGUACUGAAAUGAUUGAUUUACAGUGGCUCCUAACCACACUCUGGGACGCUCGUGAGACUCAUCGCGCAUGGCGGCCAGCCGUGGUGCUCGCGUUGGGAAGGCGCCUUGCCCUUGCCCGCUUCUUACUCAACAAGCAGGACCUCGCCCUGCACCUCGCCGCCGAUAUCGCGUACAACCUUCGUCGGGUUUACGGGUCAUCCCACUUGGCCACUCUGGAGAUGAACAUCUUCCUCAGCCAGAUGUACGUCAGUGCCGGCUUGACGCUGCAAGCGACCAAGGGGGCUGGAGAUCUCGCACGCCGCUACUACAAACGAGCCGUUGGGGUGCACGAGAGCGUCCUGCGGUCACUGACCCUUGACCCACUGGGCUUGAAUGAUGACGACGACGUCACCGUCCUCUCUUCUGACCCAGAGCCGCUAGAAUUGUCCGGCAUCGUGAGCAAGGACGCCUCACAAGGCACCUAUGCACGCCGCCAUCUCGUGCUGAUGAAGCACGCGCUCGAGCGUUAUGGGGACUUCCCCAAGGGCUAUCCCGAGUAUGAGCAGCUCAACGCCGACGUCUUCCAUACCUUUUCGGAGGACCUGCAUGGCGUGGAAGGCGUCGAGAAGUGGAAUGUCAAGAAGUUCGGAAAUGGCAAGGCCGCAAGUGAUGAGGGGGCCUUGGAUGUGAAUGUUAAAGACUGGGCGUUGGUCGAUGAGGCCGUCAGUGGGACCACCAACGGCACCGCCAAUGGGACCACCAAAGACGAUAUGAAUGGUGUGGAUUGA